AUGGCGAACCUCUACUUCGCGCACUCUAGUGCGCCCCUCAAGACGAUCCAGGAGAUACAGUUCGGCGUCAUGUCCCCUGAGGAGAUCAAGAACAUGAGUGUGGCGCAUAUUCAGUAUCCCGAGACUAUGGACGAAACCAGGACUAAGCCACGGCAAGAGGGUCUCAACGACCCUCGUCUUGGAUCUGUCGACAGACAGUUCAAGUGCAAGACAUGCACCGAGAGCAUGUCCGAAUGCCCUGGCCACUUCGGCCACAUCGAGCUGGCCACACCUGUCUUCCACCCUGGUUUUCUGAAGAAGACCAAGAAGAUCCUUGAGAUCGUCUGUCAUAGCUGCAGCAAGGUGCUGGCCGAUAGGAACGACCCCGAAUUUGCGGCCGCCGUCUCAACAAGAGACCCAAAAGCUCGGUUCGCUCGGGUCUGGGAGGUCUGCAAGAAGAAGAAGCGCUGUGAGAACGAGGUCUCCAAGAAGGACGACGAGUUUGAUCCGGAGAACAAGAACAAGCCCCCGCCUCCUAGUCAUGGCGGAUGUGGCAAUGCCCAGCCCGCGGUCCGUCAGCAAGCAUUGCAACUCCAGCAAAGGUUCGAGCUUGAGAAUGAGGAGGGCGGUGGUAAGGCAAUCGAAAAGAAGGUUCUGCCGCCAAAGGUCGUGCAUGACAUUUUCCGGCGCAUCUCUGAUGCCGACCUGGAGGACAUGGGCUUGAACAAGGACUACGCGCGCCCCGAAUGGCUGAUCGUCACUGUACUUCCGGUGCCGCCUCCGCCGGUCCGACCGUCUAUCAGUAUGGAUGGUACCGGCCAGGGUCUCCGCAAUGAGGAUGAUUUGACUUACAAGCUUGGUGACAUCAUCCGUGCCAACGGCAACGUCAAGCAGGCAUUGUCCGAGGGUUCCCCAGCACACAUUCUGAACGACUUCGAGCAGCUCUUGCAAUACCACGUUGCCACAUACAUGGACAACGACAUUGCCGGCACGCCGCGCGCAUUGCAGAAGAGCGGCCGACCUGUCAAGGCAAUCCGCGCUCGUCUCAAGGGCAAGGAGGGUCGUCUUCGAGGCAACCUGAUGGGAAAACGUGUUGAUUUUUCUGCACGUACUGUCAUCACGGGUGACGCCAACAUUUCUUUGGACCAAGUCGGCGUACCUCGAAGCAUUGCGAGAACUCUGACCUAUCCGGAAACUGUCACUCCAUACAACAUCCACCGCCUGCAUCAGCUGGUUGAGAAUGGCCCGAACGAACACCCAGGCGCCAAGUAUGUUAUCCGCUCCGACGGCACUAGGAUCGACCUUCGCCAUCACAAGCGUGCCAGCCAGAUCACUUUGGAGUACGGUUGGAAGGUUGAACGACAUCUAAUCGAUGGGGACUAUAUUAUCUUCAACCGUCAGCCCUCGCUGCACAAGGAGUCUAUGAUGGGUCACCGUGUCAAAGUUAUGCCGUACUCUACCUUCCGGUUGAACCUGUCCGUCACGUCUCCGUACAACGCCGACUUCGACGGCGACGAGAUGAACCUUCACGUACCUCAGACUGAGGAGACUCGCGCCGAGGUGCAGAAUCUGUGCUUGGUGCCCCUGAACAUCGUCUCGCCACAGCGGAAUUCUCCAUUGAUGGGCAUUGUCCAGGAUACUUUGGCAGGUGCCUACAAGCUAUGCCGUCGUGAUGUAUUCCUGACCAAGGAGGAAGUCAUGAAUGUCAUGCUCUGGGUUGAAGACUGGGAUGGAGUCAUUCCCACCCCGGCCAUACUCCACCCAUCUCCGCGCUGGACUGGUAAGCAGAUCAUCAGCAUGGUCAUUCCCAAAGAAGUUAGUCUACAGCAAGGAAGCAGUGAGCUCCCUCUCGACGACGGCGGGAUCAGGAUUCACAAUGGCGAUCUUGUGUACGGUCUCCUCACCAAGAAGAUCGUUGGAGCCGCGGCCGGCGGCAUCAUUCAUAUUACUUACAACGAGCUUGGGGCACACGCAGCAAUGGGCUUUCUCAACGCCUGUCAGCGUGUUGUGAACUACUGGCUUCUGCACAACGGCCAUAGCAUCGGAAUCGGUGACACUAUCCCUGACAAGGAUACUAUAAUCAAGAUCCAGCAGGACAUUGACGGCCAGAAGAAGAUUGUUGCCGAGAUCGUGACGGAGGCCACCGAAAACAAGCUCGAGCCGCUCCCUGGAAUGAGUAUUCGAGAGACAUUCGAGAGCAAGGUAUCAAAGGAGUUGAACGCUGCUCGUGACAAGGCCGGUACGACGACGGAGAAGAGUUUGAAGGAUUUGAACAACGCUGUGACCAUGUCUCGGUCCGGUUCCAAGGGUUCCUCCAUCAACAUUUCCCAAAUGACUGCUCUUGUUGGUCAACAGGUUGUUGAGGGAAAGAGAAUCCCCUUUGGAUUCAAGUAUCGAACGCUGCCGCACUUUACCAAGGAUGAUUACUCGCCAGAGGCGCGUGGCUUCGUCGAGAACUCUUACUUGCGUGGCCUGACGCCCACGGAAUUCUUCUUCCACGCCAUGGCUGGUCGUGAGGGUUUGAUUGAUACUGCUGUCAAGACGGCAGAAACCGGUUACAUCCAGCGCCGACUGGUCAAGGCGCUCGAGGAUGUCACCGCGAAAUACGACGGCACUGUUCGAAACUCCCUGAACGACAUCAUACAGUUUAUCUAUGGUGAAGAUGGCCUCGAUGGCAUGCACAUUGAGAAACAGAAGGUUGACUUCCUCACCAUCUCCAACAAGGAAUUUGAGAAACGCUACAAGCUUGAUCUCGUCGAGGACUCCGAGACGUUGACCAACGCUCUCGAAUACGGCAGUCACUUGGCGAGCAAUAUCCAAGAGCAACAGCUGCUUGACGAGGAGUACGAUCGCCUCUACACGGCUCGCAAGACAGUCCGCCACAUCAUGUUGUCACGUGGCAAGGACGAGACCAUGAUGCAGCUACCUCUGAACAUCAUACGGUUGAUCGACAGCACAAUCUCCUUCUUCAAGGUAGACCCCACCAAGCGGAGUGAUAUGAAGCCCUCCGACGUGAUCCCAGCUGUUGAUGCGUUCAUGAGGCGCAUGGUGGUUGUCCCGGGUCAAGAUCCGAUUUCCAAGGAGGCUGAUGAGAGCGCGACGAUCCUCUUCAAGGCCCACCUGCGCUCGCGGCUGGCCUUCAGGCGUCUCGCAGUCCAGCUUCGACUUCCUCGCAUAGCAUUCGACCAUAUUCUUGGGGAGCUGGAGAACCGCUGGUCCAGGUCAAUGGUCAACCCCGGAGAAAUGGUGGGUGUACUCGCGGCGCAGUCCAUUGGAGAGCCUGCCACACAGAUGACACUCAACACGUUCCACUUCACUGGUGUUGCCUCCAAGAACGUCACUCUGGGUGUGCCUCGGCUCAAGGAGAUUCUCAAUGUCGCCAGUGACAUCAAGACUCCAUCGAUGCAAGUUUUCCUCGAAGGCGAUGAUUCGUCACAGGACGCGGCGAAGACACUUCGAAGUCUUACUGAGCACACAAACUUGCGGUCGGUCACGGCAAUGACUGAAAUUUUCUACGAUCCGGACGUUCGAGCGACCCUCAUCUCAGAGGAUGAGGACAUGGUCGAGGCGUACUUCCUUGUUGACUCUGAUGAAUCCGAGGACGUUGAUCGCCAGACUCGUUGGGUGCUUCGAAUCACGCUGGACCGGCAAAAGAUGCUUGACAAGGAACUGCGGGUCGAAGACGUUGCUCAGCGUCUCAAAGAAGAGUAUUCGGAUGAUCUGGCCAUUAUCUUCAGUGACAACAAUGCCGAUGAGCAAGUCAUCCGUGUCCGUUCGAUCCGCGAUAAAGCCGAGGGCGACGAAGAUGAUAUGGAAGAAGACGUCAUGCUCAAGCGACUCGAAACUCACUUGCUGGACAAGCUUACCAUUCGCGGCGUGCCCGGCAUCGAACGGGCGUUCAUCAACAAGAAUGCUCGCCUCGUAGAGAUGCCUGAUGGCUCACUCAAGGCUAAGCAGGGCGAUACCGACUGUGAGGAGUCCUAUCUUGACACAACUGGUACAGCGCUGCGUCAAGUUCUUGCUGUUGAUGGCGUCGACACGAAGCGGACCACCACCAACCAGCUCCAUCAGAUCAUUGAUGUGUUUGGCAUUGAGGCGGCACGAUCGGCUCUGCUUUCUGAGCUGACGAAUGUUCUGGCAUUUGAUGGUUCCUACGUCAACCACAGGCAUCUGGCCCUCCUGGUCGACGUCAUGACGUACCGCGGCAGCAUUGCUGCUGUCACUCGUCACGGAAUCAACCGCGCGGACACGGGUGCGCUCAUGCGCUGUUCCUUCGAGGAGACGGUCGAGAUUCUUCUCGAAGCCGCAGCUACAGGUGAGCUGGAUGACUGCCGCGGUAUCUCCGAAAACGUCAUGCUUGGGCAGUUGGCACCCAUGGGAACAGGCCACUUUGAAGUGCAGCUUGACCCGAAGAUGUUGGAGACUGUCAUUUCGGACAACUCGCGCAUGGGUCUCAUGCCAGGUAUGACGGUCAAGGGCAGCCCGAUGGAAGGUGCGGCAACGCCUUACGACACGGGCUCUCCUAUGGCAGAUACGGGUGGCUUCUUGGGUAUCAUGUCCCCGGCGCCAGGCAACUUCUCGCCCAUUAUCGGCGCGGGUUCUGAGACACCGGCCGGGUUUGCCACGGAGUACGGUGGAGGUUUCGGUAUGGGCGGGGCUGGUUAUUCAGCGACCAGUCCGCGUGCUACGAGCCCCUUCGCUCCGACUUCGCCGUCAUCUCCUUUCGGAAACCACGGCGCAGGGUGGUCUCCAACAUCUCCCAUGGGCGCCUACUCGCCGACGUCACCGAUGAUUGAUGCCGGCGCUCAUCUUGGUAGUUCGUCUCCAACUUUCAGCCCGGGGUCGCCCUCGUACUCGUCGACGUCGCCGUUGAUGCGGCCUACCAGCCCAGCCAGUCCAAACUACAGCCCGACCUCGCCGAGCUACUCUCCGUCAUCCCCGACGGCACCCAAGUACUCGCCUACGUCGCCGGCUGGAAACUUUGGGGCCUCACCGACCUCCCCGUCGUGGUCGCCAGCGAGUCCGAACUACAGUCCGACCUCGCCCAACGUCCAUGCCACAUCUCCUCGAUACUCUCCCGCGUCUCCGACGUGGUCUCCAACUUCUCCCGAUGCAUACUCGCCCACGAGUCCGACCUACCAACGGUCACCAGGGCAGAACGUGUCUCCGACCAGCCCGAACUACUCGCCAUCCUCGCCUCAGUACGCGCCUCCGACGCCUGGACGACAUGCUGGCGGUCAGGAUCAAUACUCACCCACCUCUCCUACCAAUGAUUAG